AGACACUCGUCCACGGAGAAUAGAAGAGAGAGAGAGAGCGUGCAGGGGAGGGAGGAGGAACUAAAAGAAAAAAGUUCAAACUAAAAAUGGCUUCCUUGUCUUUGGAGUCUGCAGAACAAUCCGAGAAUAGCACGGAGGAGUCUACCCAAGAGGCCGCUCUGGUAAAAGAGGAGACGGAUCCGGAUGAAGUUUCAGAACAAUUGCUCAAAACUUUCCAGAACUCGGCGCUCAGCUUUUCGACAGAUCAAGUAGCAUGUCUGUGCGAAGCCCUUCUACAGGCGGGCAAUGUGGAUCGCCUGUGGAGAUUCCUAUCAACCAUCCCUCCUUCGGCUGAGCUGCUACGUGGCAACGAGACGCUGCUCAAGGCCCAGGCACUGGUCGCUUUCCACCGGGAAGAAUUCAAGGAGCUGUACGCAAUAUUGGAAAGCCACGACUUCCACCCCAGCAACCAUGGGUUCCUGCAGGACCUCUACUUGCAGGCGCGCUACAAGGAGGCGGAGAGGUCCCGAGGUCGUAGCCUGGGCGCCGUGGACAAGUAUCGGCUUCGGAAGAAGUUUCCCCUGCCGAAAACAAUCUGGGAUGGAGAGGAGACUGUGUAUUGUUUCAAAGAGAAGUCUCGCAAUGCACUGAAAGAGUGUUACAAAGGCAACAGGUACCCCACUCCAGACGAGAAGAAAAACUUGGCCAAAGUGACUGGACUCUCCCUCACGCAAGUUAGCAAUUGGUUCAAGAACCGACGGCAGAGAGACCGAACCCCGUCCGGUACCAACAGCAAAAGUGAGUCCGAUGGUAACCACAGCACAGACGAUGAGGGUGAUGACAUCUCAGACAAACCAGAGGACAUUGUGGGCUCCACAGCCUCCAUCUCCCUCUCUGGCACCCCCUGCAGCACUGGAGGCCAGCUCUUCCUCAACGGGGCAGGUGGGUUCCUCACCGCCUCCCACCCCUUACUCAUCAACGGGGGCUCCCUGAUCUCCGGGGCAGGGGGUGGCGUCAUCAUCAACGGGCUGACCCUGAGCGAUGGUCACACGGUUACCCUCAGCCCCAUAUCGGCUAACUCACCUCUGCUCUUCAAUGGAGCGCAGGUCAUAUCCAAGAGCAGUGAGGAUAUGGGUCUUGAGGGCCAGGGGGUUAUGGCCAUGGAGGCCCAGCCCAGCUCUGCCAUCUCCCUCCCUCUGACAGAGGAUCUUAAGACGGACAAUGUAAGCCUGACGAACCCUUCAACCAUCCCCACCCUGGACUUCAUCAAUGUCCCAGAGGGGAUGGUUCUCAAAGCCGAGGACAUCCAGACAGUCUCUCCUUCCUCCUUGUCUUCCCCCUCAACAUUCUCCCCCACCUCCCUUUCCUCCCUGGUUCUGACUCAAAAUGGCUGCCUCUCCGACACCCUCACCCUUCCGGUCUCUAUGUCCUCUCCGGGCGUGGUCAUCUCCAGCCCUGUAGUGGGCCUCCCCAGCCAGCAGGGGGAGUAUGUGGUGUUUGCCACGGCUGGUUCUCAGCUCACCCCCUCCAGCUCCAUCUGCCAGGUGGUGUCCUCCUACAGCUACUCCACCCCACAGGUAUUCUCCCUGCCUCAGGUGGUGCCCUCCAUCCAGGGUGUCCCCGUAUCCCAACUGGUCCAACACACACCUGGAGGCCAGGUGUCCCAGUGUCCCCAGUUAAUCCCUGUGUCCCCCCUCACCUCCUCUCUCCCCCAGGGCACCCUCUCCCAGUUCCAGGCCCACCAGACUCUGAACAUCGCCCCCCGCCUCGCCCAACCCCUCCCCCAGCAUCAUACUAGUUCCUCUACGUUGGGAGAGGGAACCACCAUCCUCUCCCUUUCCCAGCUCCCCAACGGACAGCUCCCCCAGGGACUCACACUCCAGCUGGGUGAACAGACCUCAGCUACCAUCCCCACUCUGACCCAGAUCCAGUCCCCACUAGGCCAUCACCAGAUCAUCUCUCAGUCCAAAGAGACAAUCCCAGGCCAGUUGGUUCCCCUCUCCCUGCCCCAGCUGGUGCCCGUCUCCUCCACGGGACAACUCUCCUUCCCUCAGGUGGGCCCGUCCACCCCUUCUCUAUCUGGAUCUGGUGGAGCCUUCCAGAUCCUAACCUCGGCCCCUGGAGGUGGGAUGACUCAGGGGCCCUUCAGGAUAAACCAGCUGGGACCCCUCCAGACUGUAGGCCCCCCGACCAGCAUGGCUCCUGGUGUCCAGCUCCUCAACUCUGGGGUCAUUCAGCUCCCCUCCGCCUCGCCAGGGAAUCUCCUCUAUGGUGGAAGCCCCAUCCUGAGUUACCAGAACGGCAAGCUGAUCCUAACUAUCCCAGCUGGCAUCCAGUUCGGCAGCCUGCCCAUGAAACCCGUCCCUGAGGCUUCUAACCACCACACCAACGGAGUAGGCCAUGGUCUCACCCUCAACCCUGUCAUCCAACCUACACCUACCCUCCUUCCAGUCUCCACCUCCGUCCCCACGUCCAACACCCUCCAGACAUCCCCCCUCUGCUUCAUCAACUCCUCUCCGCUCUACUGCACUCCUGAGAUGGGUGUCCCCAUCAACCAGUCCCUCUCCACCACCUCUCCACACACCCUGGACCUCUCUGCCACCCACACUCCUCCCAAUGCCCUCACCCCAGAGAGCAUGCUCUCCCUCAGCCCCAUGUGCAGCGGAGUGACCCCCACCACUCAGCUCUCCCACACCACCUGGAGCCCUGUCCCCCUCUCCACCUCUGCCAGCCUGACUAUGUUUGACGUCCGUGGGAAGGGAGAUCUGCCCGAGGACCCGCCUCUGCUGGACCUACCUGGAGGCGAGGCCCUGCUACUAGGCAGCACCUCUCCAGAACAGGAUGUGGACAGGGGGUCGCCGUUGGGGGACCCAGUGGAGAUGGAUGGAGACCCCAAGAUCCUCACCCAGCUACAAUCAGUCCCUGUGGAUGAUGGUUUGGGGCUGUAAUCCAGUCCCCCAGCCCACACCACCACAAACUGUUACAGAACAAUCUGGAAGGUUUGUUUGUCUGACCUCAGUGCUCCCCUGGCUAGGUUUGCAUUGAAGAGUGGACAGGCUUUGACUCAUAAGAGAAAGGUGCUUUGACUAAAUAAAUCCUGUGCCGAUGAUCUUUUGGAUAAACCGUCAUGGGAUAGGCUGAUUGUAUGCAACGCAGAAUGACCUGGAGGAUGGCCUUUCAUACAGGCUAGCCUAUUCCCUCAACUGUCCACUGCUUAGUCUCCACAAUUUAAGCACUCAUCUGCCUUCCAUAAGCCCAGAGCCCUUCCUGUGUCCAGUCUGAGCACAAAGUUUAUUUGUAAGGACAUUCAGCUACUUUUGUGCGCACAGACGUCCAUUUCAGCCAAGACUAUUUGUACUACAAGGGAAUGAAUGCCUUGGGUUUUAUAUGUGGUGUUGGUUGAGCAGUAUGCCACGGCCAGGCUCUGUCUUAAGUCUCUAAACACAGUCAAAUGCAGACACAGACGAGCGUUCAGUCCUGUUGAGUUGGUGGUUCUGCAUGGCUGCUCACUCUAGUGCUGGUGUAGUUUUGAGUGCUGCCGAGUAUUGCACGGUUUGGCAUCGGUGGAGGCUUACAGAGAGUGAACUGACAGUGGCACCAGAGACCCCGGACUUCUAGCAUUGAGAUGGACUGUGUUCCCCCUCUCUGUCAAAACUGGUCAGCAGUGUCACCGCAUCAAGGGCGCCGGCUCAUCAUUUAACGACAUUUUGGUAUAAAUGCUAAGCGCUAUCGCAUCUGAGGUAUGUAGGAGGAAAUGGGAGUCCCCUGAGAUUUCUUUGUUCGUUUUGUUUUUUUUACUCUAUGCAAUCAAUGCAUGUUCCUCGUGUAGAUAUGACCAUGUGACACAGAUAUGACAUGUAUUACAAGCAGUAUGUAAGCAAGUCUAAUUGGGAUAGACCAAGCUUUUAUUAAAGACAGCCUUUUUAUACACUAUGAAAUCUCAUGCGCGUGCACUACAAAACGCCUGAUCACAUUGUUGGAUAUUUCCAGUUGAAUGCGCCACAAUCGUACACUAUUGUAUAUUGCGUCUAUGAAUGACAAAAAAAAUAUUGUGUUCUUAUAUUACUUGUAUGGGUUUGAUCUAGACCUAGUAAGUGCCUUAUUAUCCAGUUGCUGAGGUUGGCGGGCCAGUUUUCUUGCGUUUUAUCUUCAAAGUGUAGAAUGUGUUCUACUCUUCACAAAAUGUAAGCACCAUUGACACAAGCUACUUCCCACAUUGAUGUUGAAUGUGAGUUUUGUGAUAACCCUUAACCCUCUUGAACUCCAGAGAAACGUAAUCUAGUACUCUGUUGCGCGGCAGUUGCAUGUUUAGCGUGACUUAACGCCUACCAUGACAUAAUAACCAUUGAGAUCUCCCUCCUCGCUGUACGUUUUGCACAUUUUCGUCCUUGUCAUGUUUUACGUCUUUGGCGAUGGCCAAAUUAUUUUCUGAAAACCUGCUGCCUUUGCUCUGUUCUUGACUAAUUGCGCUCACUGUUCUGAAAGGGGACGGGAUAGGUCGAAUCAGCUGGUUAAGUUUCAGGCAGCCUCUGUCUAUCCUGAUAUCAGCAACAGUGAGUCAUGAAGCCCUGAGAGCAGGCGACAGGACUCCUAGAAUGGAAUGCUAUCCAGCGAGACGUGGUGCAGAUGUUCUCUCCAUAAACUUUAAAAUACUCACCAUCUCUCCAUAACCACAGCACAAAUGGCAAUUAUUUCUCUGGCCAACGGUACAACAACACUACUCUUCAGUGUCACUCCCAACUGUAUGUUUUUGUUUGUGUAUUUAAAGCAUGUAUCAAUCAUUUUCUAGUAGUAGCUUUGAAUGAAAAAAACGAGCCGUCCAUGAGGAAAUUGGACAAAGUUAAAAGCAUCAAUGGACCUUCCCAGGGGCUGGCUGGUUGUACAGUCUCAGAAUGUGUACAGUCGUGGCCAAAAGUUGAGAGAGUGACACAAAUAUUAAUUUUCACCAGGUUUGCUGCUAGUGUCUUUUUAGAUAUUUUUUCAGAUGUUACUGUGGAAUACUGAAGUAUAAUUACAAGCAUUUCAUAAGUGUCAAAUGCUUUUAUUGACAAUGACAUGCAGUUGAUGCAAAGAGUUGACUGUUCUUUUUCAAGACUUCUGCAAUCCGCCCUGGCAUGCUGUCAAUUAACUUCUGGGCCACAUCCUGACUGAUGGCAGCUCAUUCUUGUAUAAUCAAUGCUUGGCAUUUGUCAGAAUUUGUGGGUUUUUGUUUGUCCACCUGCCUCUUGAGGAUUGACCACAAGUUCUCAAUGGGAUUAAGGUCUGGGGAGUUUCCUGGUCAUGGACCCAACAUAUCAAUGUUUUGUUCCCCGAGCCAUUUGGAGCACCUUGCCAUAAGGCAAAAGUGAUAACUAUCAUGCUGGAAAAGGCAUUGUUCGUCACCAAACUGUUCCUGGAUGGUUGGGAGAAGUUGCUCUCUGAGGAUAUGUUGGUACCAUUCUUUAUUCAUGGCUGUGUUCUUAUGCAAAAUUGUGAGUGAGCCCACCUCCUUGGCUGAGAAGCAACCCCACACAUGAAUGGUCUCAGGAUGCUUUACUGUUGGCAUGACACAGGACUGGUGGUAGCGCUCACCUUGUCUUCUCCGGACAAGCUUUUUUCCAGAUGCCUCAAACAAUCGGAAAGGGGAUUCAACAGAAAAAAUGACUUUACCCCAGUCCUCAGCAGUCCAAUCCCUGUACCUUUUGCAGAAUAUCAGGCUGUCACUGAUGUUUUUCCUGGAGAGAAGUGGCUUCUUUGCUGCCCUUCUUGACACCAGGCCAUCCUCAAAGUCUUCGCCUCACUGUGCGUGCAAAUGCACUCACACCUGCCUGCUGCCAUUUUUGAGCAAGCUCUGUAAUGGUGCCCCGAUCCCGCAAACGAAUUAACUUUAGGAGACGAUCCUGGCGCUUGCUGGACUUUCUUUGGUGCCCUGAAGCCUUCUUCACAACAAUUGAACCGCUCUCCUUGAAGUUCUUGAUGAUCCGAUAAAUGGUUGAUUUAGGUGCAAUCUUACUGGCAGCAAUAUCCUUGCCUGUGAAGCCCUUUUUGUGCAAAGCAAUGAUGACGCCACAUGUUGCCUUACAGGUAAUAAUGAUUGACAGACGAAGAACAAUGAUUCCAAGCACCACCCUCCAUUUUGAAGCUUGCAGUCUGUUAUUCGAACUCAAUCAGCAUGACAGGGUGAUCUCCAGCCUUGUCAACACUCACACCUGUGUUAACGAGAGAAACACCGACGUGAUGUCAACUGGUCCUUUUGUGGCAGGGCUGAAAUGCAGUGGAAAUGUUAUUUGGGGGGAUUCCAUUAAUUUGCAUGGCAAAUAGGGACAUUGCAAUUAAUUGCAAUUCAUCUGAUCACUCUUCAUAACAUUCUGGAGUAUAUGCAAACUGCGAUCAUACAAACUGAGUCAGCAGACUUUGAAAAUUAAUAUUUGUGUCAUUCUCAACUUUUGGCCACUACUGUAGAUAAUGAUGACAUCACCACUUCUCAAAUGAUAUUAUACACGUACAAUCUGAAUAGGAUGUUAAUACCUGUAGCAUUCACGUGCCAAAGGAAUGUUGCAAGUUGUUUUUUUAUUGGUGUUUGGACUUUUUUUGUUGGUUCGGAGCGGUUUUUGUAUACGAUAGUGUGCAUGAGUUGGACACUAAAGGUGUGUGUGUGUGUGUGUGUUUGUUUUUUUCCAUGAGCCCAACCCUUGUCUACAUGUAGUGUUUUUUUUUUUCUCUUUCAGUGUGUGGUGCUCCAAAGGCUGUUUGUGCACAAUCUCCUACACACACACACACACAACCUUCAGCUAAGUUAUCCAAAGAUAUGAAUUUUUUUAAUGUACCUUUUAAUAGCGAGUAAAGGGACUAUUAGAUAUUUUUAAAUGUCUUUUGUCCUCUUUUGAGGUUGGUUUUGUACUUAAAGUUAUUUUAUUUUUUAUAUACAGUUUUAUUGUGAUUCUAAUAAACUACAUUUAGAAUA